AUGACUGGGAUGGAUAAAUUACUCAAUCUGCCAGAUCAUACAUCUCAUCAACAUAUUGACCAGCUCGCCCUCGAGGCUGGAACCCAGCAUGCCGACAUGCCCAAGCGACACUUACUUGUCCGCAUAAUCCCUUCAUUCAAUCUUCAGCAGGCAAAGGACGAGGUCCAGUUAGCCAGCGCUCGCGUCAGAUCGAUAUGUAUCAAGAAUAUAACGUUCCGUCUACAGAAUGGCCCGAUAUUCGGCGCCGGCCAGUCAGUUUCGAACCACUUCUAUAUCUACGACAUGAGUCACGUCUAA